AUGGAAAUUAAAAGUGUGAUAAUUUUUGAUGAAAAAGUCGAACGACCUUGGAAAUGCAAUUAUGAAGGGUGUGAUAAAGCAUUUAAAGUCAAUUUCAAGUUGAAAAGACAUCAAAUUUCACAUACUGACAGACCAUUCAAGUGUCCAGUUUCGAAUUGUGAAAAAUCCUAUAAAAGAUUGGAUCAUUUACAAAUGCACUCAAUAGUUCAUGGACAAGAUACAAAACCAUUCAAAUGUCAAAUGGUAGGAUGUAAAUCAAGUUUUUCUACAAAACAUCACCUUUUAAGACAUAAGAAACAAAUUCAUGAUGUUAAUCGACCAUAUAAAUGUGAUAAUCUAGGAUGUGAUGAAUCUUUUACACAAGAAUAUAUUCUAAGGAAACAUAAAACUACGCAUACCGGAAAGAAACUUUAUCCCUGUAAUGAAUCAGAUUGUGACAAAAGUUUUUCUACCUCUACGAAAUUAAGAAUUCAUGGACGAACGCAUAAUCCGGAUCGUAUAAUGUAUCCUUGUGAAUUGGAUAAUUGUGAUAAAUAUUAUUAUGAGGAAAAAGCAUUAUACAAACAUAUAAAAGCUGUACACGAGAAUAUUCGAUCAUUCGAUUGUGAAGAAGUUGGAUGUGAAAAGUCAUUUACAUACAAACAUGUUCUUAAUAAACAUAUUAUAGCUGUACAUAAGGAAGAAGAUAAACCAAAUCAUAAAGUCACUAAAUUAGAACAUCUUACGGGAUUUGGAUAUGAUAAAGGAAGAAAUAUUGAUUGUAUUGUAAAAGGCUGUACUUAUAAAUUUAAGAGACAAUAUGAUUUAAAUAGACAUUUGAAAAGUAAACAUCCCGAAAUUAGUGAGAUUAAUGAAAUUAAUGAGAUGUAA